CGAGGGCCAUUUUUUCUCUCUCUCGUUUUUUUCUCUCUAAUAUUGGUAAUAAUAAUAAUGAUUGAAAUUUUUUUUUAACAAAAAUAAUUACGAUAAAAUAAAAGUAAAUUGAAUCUCUCUACCUCUCCAUUCGUCUCUGAUUCGAGUUUACAUAAGGUCUAUUCCAAUGGGUUCUAAAUCAGUUGUGGAUAUGAUAGAGGCAUCCUCUGGGGUCCAUUUUUCUGGGUUUCAUAUGGAUGGUUUGGAGUCAAGGAAUACAGAGAUAGGGCAACCAACAACCUCUUCAACUGAAAAGAUAUAUAAGCAACCUUUUGUCAUUGGGGUUGCUGGGGGGGCGGCUUCUGGAAAGACUACAGUUUGUGAUAUGAUUAUUCAGCAACUUCAUGAUCAGCGUGUUGUACUUGUUAACCAGGAUUCAUUUUACCACAAUCUGACUGAAGAGGAACUUACACGAGUUCAUGAAUAUAACUUUGACCAUCCGGAUGCAUUUGAUACUGAACAACUAUUAUGUGAUAUGGAGAAGUUGAGGCAUGGGCAAGCAGUAGAUAUUCCAAACUAUGACUUCAAGAGUUACAAAAAUGAUGUUUUUCCUGCAAGAAGGGUCAAUCCUUCAGAUGUUAUAAUAUUGGAAGGCAUACUUGUUUUCCAUGAUCCUCGUGUUCGAGAUUUGAUGAAUAUGAAGAUAUUUGUUGAUACAGAUGCUGAUGUACGUCUGGCAAGAAGAAUAAGGCGUGAUACUGUUGAGAAGGGUAGAGAUAUUGGUGCAGUCCUCGAUCAGUACUCAAAAUUUGUGAAGCCAGCUUUUGAUGACUUCAUACUUCCGACAAAGAAAUAUGCAGAUAUAAUAAUUCCCCGAGGAGGAGAUAAUCACGUAGCUGUUGAUUUGAUUGUACAGCAUAUUCGUACAAAACUUGGUCAACAUGAUCUUUGUAAAAUAUACCAUAAUUUGUAUGUCAUUCAAUCAACUUUUCAGAUACGAGGUAUGCAUACCCUUAUACGCGAUUCUCAAACAACAAAACACGACUUUGUUUUUUAUGCUGAUCGGUUGAUUCGCUUGGUUGUUGAACAUGGUCUGGGACAUCUACCAUUUACAGAAAAGCAAGUGAUCACUCCCACUGGGUCUGUAUACACUGGCGUGGAUUUCUGUAAGAGGUUAUGUGGUGUCUCUGUGAUUAGGAGUGGUGAGAGUAUGGAGAAUGCUUUGCGAGCAUGUUGUAAAGGUAUCAAGAUUGGGAAGAUCCUUAUUCACAGGGAAGGUGAUAAUGGUCAGCAGCUGAUCUAUGAGAAAUUGCCACAAGACAUCUCAAAGAGACAUGUAUUGCUAUUGGAUCCCAUUUUAGGGACAGGCAACUCAGCUGUUCAAGCCAUCUCUUUACUAAUUAGCAAGGGUGUACCAGAGUCCAACAUUAUAUUUCUUAAUCUGAUAUCUGCACCUCAGGGAGUUCAUGUGGUCUGCAAAAGGUUCCCAAGGAUAAAGAUUGUGACGUCUGAGAUUGAAAUUGGCUUGAAUGAAGAUUUUCGCGUCAUUCCUGGCAUGGGAGAAUUUGGAGAUAGAUAUUUUGGUACAGAUGAUGAUCAACCAGUGGAGGCCUUUACACAAUAAGAUCGAUCGAGAGUUGCCGAUUGUCCGUUUCUUUUUAUAUGUUGAGUUCUGUUUUAGUUUUUAACAAAUUUUGACUUCAUUAAACCUAUAAUUUGCCCUCUCAUGUGAAGUUUUUGAAACUGUGUUACAUUGGGUUUUGUAAUCAUGCGUCUCCUGGUUCUAUUAUAGUUCUGCAGGAGAGUUUGAUUGCCAUUUGUUGGCAGUGAAAUAAUACCGCCUCCAAAGCAACACAGAUAAGGUUUCCCUUUGUUA